UGCAGACACUUGUUGGAUACAUUUUGGACAUUUCGAUUUUCUUCUUUCAUCCUCGAAAUCAGGGAGUAUUUGAUGACUCUUUGCUCGAAAUGGUGACCCGGUGAGGGAUUUAUUUUGGACUCACUGUCGAUGAGUGGAUGUAAACGGUGCAUGCAGCCUAGGCAGAGGUUCUAGUAUUAGAAAUCAAUCAAUCAAUCAAGUACUACGAACAGGCACUACAAGUAUGACAGACACCGACAAGCAAGGCUCUGGCACAUGUCCUUGUGAUAGUCCUGCUGAGGAUUCCGGCCCCGUAGAUGCGGCUGCCUUUCUGCUGGAACAGGCGGAGGAUGUUGGCAAAGAUAUUGGCUCUUGCGUCAAUGCUGUACGCUUGUCAGCAACCUUGGAGGCUAGUGCUGAGGCAGUGUACCUCAACAUUGAAACCAAGGAGAAGAGUCGAUAUUGCAUUGAGGUGUGCCCAAGUGGCUUUAGGGUGGUUGGAUACGACUACGACACAACGAGUGUUACUGAUGAACCGUACUGUGAAACCAUCUAUAUGCUUCUGGACGCUGUCAGUCCCAUGUAUCGGUUCUCCUUUGCGUCCUCUCUCGCCUCUAAACUUGCCCAAUUGUCAGACAGUGCAGUUGAGGAAAAUGCUGAUGAGCCAUCUAAACUUGCCCAAGUCGGACAGUGCAGUUGAAGAAAAUGCUGAUGAGCCAGCCUAGGCUCAAUUUGAGUACGUUGAGUUGUAUUCAUUCAAAUUCAUUAUGACCAUUACGAAUAUAGCUAAGUUAGUUAUUCACAUGUCUUACUCAAUUAUUAGUAUUGUUUACAAAUAUUUUACAGAAAUACGCUCUUUGCAACUUGAAAAUUCAUUCCGAGAUUUACCGGUAUCUACUUUUGUACUCAAUUGCAUUGCCACUGUUUGAAUGUGCUCAGGAUGUUUCAUACCUGGCAGGUGUCCAGUUUUUUUUCAAACCCAUUCUACUUUACUUUCUGUUGAGCUUACUCUCUGGUGACCUGGUACGCUGAUAUCCUGUGCUAGGCAUUGUACACAACGCAUUUCUUUCCGCACUCCCGUGGAUACCCUACAA